UACAAGAGUCAGAACAAAAGGAGGCGGGUGGAGAGUCCACCAGGCCUGCUGCAGGUCACAGAGCCAGCCGGAUUUGAGAAGCGGACAACACGAUGCUGGGUUGUAGAGGCAUGCUACUGCUGUGGCUGCUGCCCUGGGCGGCUCACGGCCGGACGGUGCCUAGCAGCAGCAGCCCUGACUGGGCGCAGUGCCAGCAGCUCUCUCAGAAUCUCUGCACACUGGCCUGGAGUGCACAUCCCCGAAAGGGACCUAUGGAUCUGCUAAGGGAAGAAGGAGGUGAAGAGGCUAGAAAUGACGUCCCGCACAUCCAGUGUGGGGAUGGCUGUGAUCCCCAAGGACUCAAGGACAACAGCCAGUUCUGCCUGCAAAGAAUCCACCAAGGUCUGGUUUUUUAUAAGCAGCUGCUGGACUCAGACAUCUUCACAGGGGAGCCUUCUCCACUCCCUGAUGUGAGCCAGCUUCAUACCUCUCUACUGGGCCUCAGCCAGCUCCUCCAGCCAGAGAAUCAGCACUGGGAGACCCCACAGAGGCCUAGCCUGAGUCCCAGCCAGCAGUGGCAGCGUCCCCUUCUCCGCUCCAAAAUCCUCCGAAGCUUCCAGGCCUUUGUGGCAACAGCUGCCCGGGUCUUUGCCCAUGGGGCAGCCACCCUAACUGAACCCUUAAUGCCAACAGCUUGA